AUGACCGCCAAACCACUUCUGAGAGACAAGUUCGACCAGCUGGGGUUGGCGGUAAACGAAUACAACAUCGCAGCUACUCAUGAAAAACGUGACAUUGUGAUCAAGAACGGCUGCGAGCUUCAAGAUGUCCUGGCUCAGGCGAACGCCCUGCAGGGGGCCAGAUCAUCAAGCAAAGACGCAAAAAGCCUCAACAGAAAUGUACAGGCAGGCUUGCAGCAGUUUUGCAAAUCAACCCUCCACUAUGCUGCAGUCAUGGAUACACUGGCACAACAUCAUCCUGAAUGGGUCAGUCUAGCUUGGGGAACGAUGAAGCUGUUGCUCAUGGUUCCAAUCGAGUACCAAAAAGUCAAGGAAGGUAUUGUUACCAAUCUUGGACGUAUAGGGAGUAAACUGGAGCUCACGAUGGUCGCACCUUUCGACACCAGGCUCGGGCCCAUUCUCAAGACCAUUGACGAGAAUUACGCCAUCCUGAGACAAGAAGCUGAAAUUCAAUUCAUGAUAUAUCAGUUUCAACGACACUGCAGUAUGCAGAGAGAUCUAUUCGAGAUCAAAGAAGAUCAUGGGCGAAUCAUUGGAGUACUAGAAGGUACUAUCGACAUUAAGAGCCAAUUCCAAGACCUUAAGAAGCAAAACGAUAGAUGGUCAGUGCCAAAAUGUCAACACCAACUGGAAGUUCUAACAUUCCUCUCAGCAUCUGAGAGUCUUGACCGGAAACUUCUGAAACCGCCCGAGCUUGAGAUAUGCGAUGAUUUCUUUCAGGACCUACUUCCCCUGGACAGAAAUCUACAUCAAGUCCAUCUCCAAUUAGAUCUGCUACCAAUGUCUUAUUUGGUAGAGAGCAGCAAUGUCCUUCGUCUUCCUUCAUUCCAGUCAUGGCUAAGCAGUUCAAAAUCUGGUCUUCUCUGGACGACGGACUUGUCUCAAAAGAUUGUGCGUGCAGCUACGGAGAGCGGCUACGAUACACUUUCGUAUUUCGGGAGCCUACAUCGAGGGAGUGACGACGAUACACCAAAGCCGCGCGCUCUCGUACAGAGCUUGCUUUUCGGCAUGCUUCAGAAGUUUCCAACAGUGACUUCACAUGGCGAUCCAGAGCUAUUCAACGCCGAGAUCUUUAUUGCUGCUAAGACAGACCUAGACCUUUCAUGGAGAAUUUUCGUGGAAUGUCUGCGCGCUCUUCCAUCUUCCACCAUCUACAUCAUGAUAGAAGGCGUUGAUCACUUCAACAUGGCUGGGAAUCAAGCUACCGAUUUCGAAUCUUUGCUGAAACGCCUAAGCACAUUGUCAGCUGCUCUAUUGGAUGAUAAAGUAGUCAAGCUUGCCUUGACGUCUGUUCGACCAAGCGCAGGAUUUCAGCACCUGUUUCCCAACCUACAGAGACUCGAGGUUUAUCAUGACCACAAGCUACUUAUACGCGUGCCAGCUGCAGCCGCGCGAAGACGCAAACCCCGAUCAAAGUUGCAGAAGAAGAGACAAUCGCCCCUUUAUUCCCCAGGACCAACGUUGGAGCCAGAACCGACUGAUAUGGGUAGCGACUUUGCCCCUUCUGACUCAAGUGUGGACAGAGGCGGCAAUGUCAGCGACUCAAGCUCAGACUUCGAUAUCUUUGGUAAAAGCAAGAGGGAGAUAGGGCGUGUGAGAUCCUCUUGGUCAAGUCCGACUCCUGAACAUGGCCGGGCGAGUCCUCUUCAACUUGAUUCGGAGAAGAAGGCGAAGUUGACGGGAGAACAAGAGGCCGAGGAUUCCGACAGCUCAUUCGAAAUAUAUGAGGCGCCUACUGCUGCGUUGCCUGACCAAAGCCCAGCCAGCGAAGAAGACCUUUCGGAUUUUGCACCAUGA